GUUCAACAUGCAGGAUUCCAAGAAAGGUACCUUGCCUUUCAGGAAAGGAAUUCCUCUCUCUAAGGAGAUGUCUCCUAAGAUUCCUCAAGAGAUUGAGGACAUGAAGACAGUUCCUUAUGCAUCGGAAGUAGGAAGUCUUAUGUAUGCUAUGCUUUGUACCAGGCCAGAUAUCAGCUACGCCGUUGGCUUAGUAGCCAGAUAUCAAAGUAAUCCGGGUAGGGAACAUUGGUCUGCGGUGAAGCAUAUACUCAAGUACUUGAGAAAGACUAAGGAGUACAUGUUAGUUUACCGUGCAGACAGCUUGUUACCUCUGGGUUAUAGUGAUUCUGAUUUUCAAACAGAUAGGGACGAGAGUAAGUCAACCUCUGGUUAUGUGUUUACCUUGGGAGGUGGAGCCAUUUCAUGGAGGAGUGCUAAGCAGAAAUGCGUGGCAGACUCCACCAUGGAAGUCGAGUACAUAGCAGCCUCAGAGGCAGCGAAAGAGGCAGUUUGGCUCAGAAACUUCUUGGUGGACUUAGAG